AGAUGUUAGAAUUCGGAUUGUGUACUCAUAAGUAUUAUCCGUUCGAUUCUUUGUCAAGAUUAGUCCUUGUUGUAAAAGCCAUUUUUUUUACAGACCUUACAAGGCACUUUCAUGAUUAACUGAGAUACCAGAAAUGGAAUUAUGAAAAAGUAUAAGAUUCCUGUUUUAUGCUUCCUAUUUCUGUUUGGAUUUUCUUCCACCAGUUCUCUUAUAGUUGGAACAGGUUUGGAAGACACAGAAUGAAUCAAUAAAGUCCCAAUCCUUCUUGUUAUGCAUUUAUAAUAUCGCACACAUAUUUUUAGGACAAUCGUGUAAGCACAAUACCUGUUCUGAAGUCAAUGUCAAUUUUUUUUUCAUCUUUCAUCUGUUUGCAGGACAAGUGGUCUUCGGCUUAUGAUUGCAGAACUAUUCUUCUAUCAAUCCAGAGUCUUUUAGGAGAACCCAAUAAUGAAAGCCCUCUCAACAGCUCUGCUGCUGCACUUUGGAAAAACCAGGAAGAAACCGGAGAUGGCUACAAUGGAGACAAGCAGGGCAAAGGUGGUGGCUAUAAAUGCUGAGGUUCGACGCGUAAAGGCCAGAUUAAUGGAAGAGGUUCCUAAAUUGCAGAAACUCGCCCAGAAGAAGGAGCUUGAUAGGCAAGUCCCCUUAAUUGAUGAAAUUGAUACUAAGGUGGACACGGCAACAUCUGAGCUCAAAAACACGAACGUUAAACUCAAGCACACAUUAGGUCCAGUCAAAACAUGCGUACCGACAUCAUUCUUUUAUGCAUUCUUCUUCUCGGAAUUGCUGCCUACUUGUACAAGUGAGUUACUCAACCUUAUCGUGAACGUGCUAUGUUUCCCAUGUGUUAUGUUGGUUCGGUCUCAUCGCAUGGAGGCUAUGAGCUGCUGGUGCCCAUCGCAGGAAGUAUACCGACUAAGUAGUCAAAAUGUUCUCAUCUCUCUGAUGAUCUUCCAGUCUGGUACUUGCAGUCGCUUUGCUGGAUUUCGACCAUCUCUGACGCAUUUCUCGUACCAACUUCAGUGAAUCCUGGUUUACUUUACCGCUUUAAGGGGCAUUAUCUAUUUAGACGAUCGUGUUUCCAGGUAGAUGUUAGUACUGGCUGUUACUUUUGUGCGAAAAUAUAGUAAAUUUGAUGAUUAAAAUCUGUGAUGAUUAUUAUUAUCAAACUACUGUAAAUCACUGGUCAAAACCCUUGAGCAGAAUUUGCUUCCUCUUACAAUGUUGGGAGAGUUGGU